AUGACCUUGGACAUGGGUUCGCCUCAGACGGGUCUUACCUCAGCGGACAGAAAGGAAGACAUAAAGGCCGAAGCUGCGAUCGUGGUCCCUGCACUGUCAAGGGAAGAGAGGCAACUGCAUUUGAUUAAUGAAAUCAAGAAACUUGUCGCUGACUGCGAAGAUUUCAUUGGACUGGUGCCGGGCCCUCGAGGCGUGCCCGAGAUUGUCGUCUCCCCCAAUCUGAAGAAGGACAAAUGGACCAUCAUCCGAGACGCCCAAGAGACCUUUACUCAAUUCCUGUCCAUGCGCACCCCCAGUGGCAAGGGCAACUCUUGUGGUUCCUCUCGACAUUGUGGCAAAGUGUUCAAAGCAGAAACUGACGCAGAGGCUCGUGCACCGGGUGGCUCGAUCUCUCUCUCGGUACAACGUCCUCUGAAGCGCCACAGGUCCAGAAAGAGCGCCUUGCAAGAUCCGUCCUAUGCCAAGUCUCGACAUGGCGGUGGCGGAGUCAGAGUGGUCGAGUCUUCUGCAUCGCAGAUACGUGUCGAUGAUGACAAGGCGCUGGCCGAGUGGUACAGAGAUGCAUUUUUGGGAUUGCAACAGGUAUCAUGUCGCCUGGUGGCCAAGAUUUGGAUCAAGAAAAUCCACCCAAAGAAGCAAUCGACCCAUCCGUAUAAUGGCCAAAUGCCGCGGAAUACGACGCCCGAUUCAGAUCGGACGAGGCCGCCUUACUGGCCCAUCGACGUCCGUCACCGAGAACCCGAUCAUAUCGGCAAAGACGAAAGGACACAGCUACUGGUGCAUCUGCUCAUGAACACCCCCCAACCAGUGGUCACCAAUCCACCGCCCGAUCCUGUGCACCAGCAAUUCGUUUACGCUCAGGAUCUGUUAGAGUGCCUGGAGCCGAAGAAAGGCGAGCGCGAGUUGACCAAUGAACGUUGGGAUACGAUUGAGCAGAUCAUCAGAACCCGGCAGAUGCAAGAGCAGUAUGCUGCUGGCGAAAUAGAUGGCGACACGCUCAUCUUCCUCGCUGACUUCAGCAACACUGCUCCCUCAAAACUGGGCGCGAUUAACUCCGAAGAUGACGAGCUCGAAUUCGAGGGCAACGUGCCAGGUAUAUCUAGUGAAGGUUCGGAUGCAGCGGCCGAGAAUCGGGAGCCUACCCCGGAUACUUCGACACAAACGUCCCCUGCGGAUCAAGCCACCUUUGAUGGUUCGGUGCCGAUCAGCAGGUUACGCGGCUCAGCCGACACCAUGUCGUUUCCCGGACGUCGUAUGGCCACUCGUCGAUCACGGCCGAGCUUCAUUGGAGGACAAGUGCCACCAUCCAUCCCAAUCCACACAGAGGCAAGUUUUUGUCCGGAGCUGUCGAUGAGUAUGGAGAGUUCAAUGCCGCACGGGGAUGCGGCAAUGCUGUCCCUCGUGGGAAUGACUCCACGAUUGCCUUCGCUCACGUUUGGACGUAUGGAAAAUCACACUGGCACCUCAGAACUGAUGCAUAUCACUGGGCACAGCGGACACCCGGCUGCAAAUUUGCACCUGUCGAAUUGGCCAGAGAUACCACCGGACAUGGGACCGGAUCCCCCAGCAGAGAUGUUCGGCAUCCCACCAACAAUGACACCAUCCAGCAUGAGGCAUCCAUAUUUCGGUGCAGAGAGGCUCGACGCGGCUCGAGAUCUGCAAGGCGGGAUGCACCCAGCCAUGCUCAGCCCCGUACAAUAUAAUGACUAUGGGGACGGCACACGUCGUGAUUUGCCCUUCCGCGCACUAGACCCACAGCAUCCGACGAUGAUGCCGACCCAAGAUGUGAACAUGGGAAUGAUGGGCGGUCAUUUCUAUUGA